AACAGCAGAGGAACCGCAGCAGCAGGCAGGCAGGGCAGGGAGGCGGAGGACCCAGUCAGUCCAGUCCGCGCUCUCCAUAUUGAAACAGAGCGACUUCUCUUCCAGCAGACCCCAACCAACCCAUCUGUCUCCCACAGCUCCCUGCUAUGUCACUGGACUAGGGAGGAAUCAGUGAAACUGUGUCAGCGCGGUCCUGAUUCACAAAAACGGUAACACGGGCCGAUCCAGCAAAGGCCUCUUGAUGCUGCGUCCCUGCUGGUUCAGGUGAAGGGACGAGCAACUUGUCAGGAUGAAGGAGGAGAGUUUGUUCCAUCGGAGGCUUUCGCUUAGCACCAGUGCCACCUCUCCACCUCAAAUAGACCCUCGCAGCCUCAGCCGAAACCUGUCUUAUGGAGGAGACAACGACAUCUACAACCACAGUCCAAGUGAGAAGUUUAGAUGUCAAAGUGACAUAACUGAGACAGACAGGAACGCUCUCUCCAUGCUGAGUAAUGAAUUUAGUCCUGCCCAAUCGCCAGACAGCAAGUCUGAGUCCAGGAUGCUGAAUGGUGUUGAGAAGGACUGCCCUUCCUCCACUGACCCUCCACUGACCCGAAAGGAGUCUCUCAAGGUCCAAAAGCAGAAUUAUCGGCAAGAGAAGAAACGGGCAGCUAAGGAACUUUCUAGUGCACUUAAGGACCCCAGCGUUGUCAUCAUGGCUAAUUGGCUCAAGAUUCGAGGUUAUUUAAAGAGUUGGACCAAGCUGUGGUGCGCCCUGAAACCUGGUGUACUUUUGAUCUAUAAGACUCCAUCAGCAGAUCACUGGGUGGGCACCAUUCUUCUCAGUGCAUGCAAGCUGAUCGAGAGACCCUCCAAAAAAGACGGGUUCUGCUUCAAGCUCUAUCACCCGCUGGACAAAUCCAUCUGGGCUGUCAAGGGUCCCAAAGGAGAGAAUGUGGGUUCCAUCACGCAGCCUUUACCUAGCAACUACCUGAUCUUCAGAGCUGCAUCCGAGUCUGAUGGACGGUGCUGGAUGGAUGCUUUAGAGAUAGCUCUCAGCUGCUCUAGCCUGUACAAGCUGACAGCCAAAGCUGGGAAAGAGGGAGACAUCAGUAUGUCCUCAGAGUCCUCGCAUUUACUCCACCUGCUGCAGACCUCUCCACUCACCGAAACGGAGCUGCUACAGUUGAAAGAGGCAGCUCUGCUUGGGAAUCAUCACAUGGAGCAAGACGCUUUCUCCGACAAAUCGGAGCGCGAAACCCACGAUGACUGGGACACGACGACCAAUGAGAACGGUGGAAGGCUGACAGAGGAGAGCGACGUGGAGCCUUCAGACGAGAUGCCCCCUGGGCCACGAGCUACCACCUACGUUGAGCAGAGCAGCGAGGAGAUGGCUGAGGCUGGAGAAGCAUCUCAGGUGGAGACUGUGUCACAUGAGAACAAAGGCCUGAUAUGGGGUCUGCUGAAGCAGCUGCGAGCAGAAAUGGACCUGUCGAAGGUGGUGCUGCCGACGUUCAUCCUGGAGCCACGCUCCUUCCUGGACAAGCUGUCGGACUAUUACUACCACGCUGAUCUGCUUUCACAGGCUUCGCUAGAAGAAAGUGCAUACGGACGGAUUAAGCAGGUGCUGAGGUGGUACCUGUCCGGCUUCUACAAGAAGCCCAAAGGUCUGAAAAAGCCGUACAACCCGAUCUUGGGGGAGACAUUUCGCUGCUGCUGGCUUCAUCCUCAGACUGACAGUUGCACCUUCUACAUAGCUGAGCAGGUGUCUCACCAUCCGCCCAUCUCUGCCUUUUACGUCUGCAACAGGAAGGAUGGGUUUUGCAUCAGUGGAAGCAUCCUGGCCAAGUCCAGGUUUUAUGGCAACUCUCUGUCCGCGAUUCUAGAUGGCAAAGCCAGGCUGUUGUUCCUGAGCAGAGACGAGGAGUACAUCAUCACCAUGCCCUACGCUCACUGCAAAGGUAUCCUAUACGGCACUAUGACCUUAGAGCUGGGAGGGAAAAUUACCAUCGAGUGUGAGAAAACCAAAUGUCUUGCAGAGCUGGAGUUCAAACUGAAGCCAUUCCUCGGAGGCUCCGCCUCCGUAAAUCUGAUCUGCGGGAAGAUUCUGGUGGGAGAUGAGCUAAUGGCCACUGUAGAUGGGCACUGGGACAGCGAGGUGUUUCUCCACGAGAAGCGCUCUGGCCAGCAGGAAACUUUGUGGAACCCGACUCCAGAGGUCCGCAGCCGGCGCCUCAAACGACAGGUGGUCCAGUUGGACCAGCAGGGAGAAUUUGAGUCUGAAAGACUGUGGCAGCACGUGACCAGAGCCAUCAUGGAACAGGACCAACAGCAGGCGACCAAAGAGAAGUUCAUCCUGGAGGACGCUCAGCGGAAAGAGGUCAGAGAGAGGGGAGACAAACUCUGGAUCCCACAGCUGUUCCAGCAGGACCCGGUCACCUCCGAGUGGACCUACAAACACCUGGACAUUCGGCCGUGGGACGCAGAUACGUGUCUCGUACAGUUUGAGAAGGACGGUGUGAUUCAGACACAUGAAAGAAGCCAGAGACGAGCCAACGGGGUGUCCUACCACCACAGCUGGACCAGCCCGCACAAGGUGAACGGGAAGCACCGGAAAACGAGCAGCCAACCGUCCACCUGCAGCCAGAACACAGAGAGCAGCUCCACCCCAGAGCCAACCCACGAGUCCUCGGACAACGAAGGAACUGCAUCUUUUUAUCCAGACUUUUCAAACCAGUGUGCUCGCUGCAACAAAGAGAAGAAGGACUUGGCUCUGAUUGAAGCCAACAUCAUGUCUAUGCAGAGGACACUGAAAGAUAUUCAGAGGAAUGUGGGGGCUCUAAGUCGUCAGAUGUCUCAUCAGCGGGCAGCGAAUGACAGUACGUCGUUAACGGCUCGCCACUGCCUCACCCUCUGCAUUCUCCUCGUUUCUCAGCUCCUGCUGAACUACGUCUUCACCUGAGCCAACUCCCCAGUGGGGGGUGAGGAGUUUCCCCUCCACUGCUGAUCUGAUCUGCAGAGGGACGAAGACCUCAGAUCAGCGGGGACAUUAAAGCAAUAAACACAGCCACAGCCUGUCAUCUGCAGAGGGGAAGGGCACCACCUAGUGUAGCCAGACUGCAUCAGCACCCACGCACUUUGGACAAGAGAGGGGAAACUUAUCGUCUCAUGACGAUUUAACUGAAAGAAAGACGAGGAGGUUUCACCAUUCCUUUGUGUCUUUUUCUUUUAAAUAUACAUAAUUCCCUGCAAUACUGUUCAUCUAUUGGUGUGUGUUAUUCACCGUAGGCCCUAUGGGCGCUGACAUCACGGCCUGGACUCCUCUUCCUCCUCUGGGCCUUAACACUGAAGCCAAAAAGAAGAAAUCCACCAGAAACACAAACCAAGAAGGAAAAUCUUCAAACAGUGCAAUUGUUGCUUUGUAUCGAUGUUCACUCACAUCCUCUCUGUCUCCACCAAAACAGUAUUUAUAAUCUGAAAGGACAAAGAGUAUUUGUUUACAGAAAAGAGGAAGGAGACAGGGCCGAGAGCCAAACAGAGUGUCUUUGUACUCGUGUGCCUGUAGUGCGGUUUUAAAAAGAGAGUAGCCCUGCUGGGGUCUAGACCAGGAAACUAGUGUCACUAAUCAGUCACGUGAAGGAAGGAGGCGAUUAAAUAUGAGUAAGAGAUUUCUGUCAACUCGGUCUCCAUGUUAGUGAUGGUCCUAGAUGUGAACAGUGAAAAAAGGUUUUAAUUCUAUGUGUAAAUAUGAGUAUUUCAGAGAGAUUUGAAUGUAUUUAUGGGAUUCACCUUCACGCUCCAGAGGAGCACAUGUAUGAACCUCCUUACGUCUGAUUGUUGGUCCAAUCACCAGAACCCUCUGAGCCACCUGGAAGAAUCUGACAACAGCACAAACAGGAACUCUGAAUGGUUUUUGUUUUUUAUACCUAUGUUUGUUUCUACUUUGCUGCCAUGUUGUGGGGAUUCUACAUGCCAGAUGUUUCAUCACAAAACAAAAACAGCAGGACUUGUUGAUGCGUAAUGUUUUCAUUCAUGCCUGUCGCACUACAGUAAAGCGUUUUACCCCCGGG